GUUUCUACGUGAUGGAGGCGUGGCCGGCCAUACUAGCAGCGUGCUAGUGUUACAAGUAGGUCUGUAAGUUUGGCGGGUGAUUCCGUGUCUGCGUCAGCGGAGGGUUUUCUUUCCACUCUGUCAUCUUCACGCGGGAAACUGUUGAAGAGACCGGCGAAGAAGGGCACGGGGAGUCCUGUGCCACCGCUACACGGGCUGUUGCUGCUUUACGUCUAAGUGAACAGAGAACAUGGCGAAUAAAGAGAUGUUUGAAGAUACUGUGGAGGAGCGAGUCAUUAACGAAGAAUAUAAAAUAUGGAAAAAGAACACACCGUUCCUGUAUGACCUGGUAAUGACCCAUGCUCUGGAGUGGCCAAGUCUUACUGUACAGUGGCUGCCAGAUGUAACUAGACCUGAAGGAAAGGACUAUGCGUUGCAUUGGCUGGUGCUUGGCACUCACACAUCGGAUGAACAGAAUCACCUUGUAGUGGCACGUGUCCAGAUUCCCAAUGAUGAUGCACAGUUUGAUGCAUCUCAUUAUGAUAGCGAGAAAGGAGAGUUCGGCGGCUUUGGUUCAGUUAGCGGCAAGAUUGAAACCGAAAUCAAAAUAAACCACGAGGGUGAGGUGAACCGUGCUCGGUAUAUGCCCCAGAAUCCAUGUAUCAUUGCAACAAAAACGCCUUCAUCUGACGUGCUGGUCUUUGAUUAUACUAAGCAUCCCUCAAAGCCAGACCCCAGUGGUGAGUGUAACCCUGAUCUUCGGCUGAGAGGUCACCAGAAAGAAGGCUACGGUCUAUCAUGGAAUUCAAACCUCAGUGGACAUCUGCUCAGUGCUUCAGAUGAUCAUACAGUUUGCUUAUGGGAUAUAAGUGCUGGACCAAAAGAAGGCAAAAUAAUUGAUGCAAAAGCCAUCUUUACUGGCCAUUCAGCAGUUGUUGAGGAUGUGGCUUGGCACCUUUUGCAUGAGUCCUUGUUUGGAUCUGUUGCAGAUGAUCAGAAGCUCAUGAUAUGGGACACAAGAUCAAAUACCACAUCUAAGCCCAGCCAUUCAGUGGAUGCGCAUACCGCAGAGGUCAACUGUUUGUCCUUUAAUCCAUAUAGUGAAUUCAUUUUGGCGACCGGUUCUGCUGACAAGACUGUAGCAUUGUGGGAUCUCAGGAACUUAAAACUGAAGCUACAUUCUUUUGAAUCCCAUAAAGAUGAAAUUUUUCAGAUGUCUCCUUUCUCAAAGGUUCAUUGGUCACCUCACAAUGAAACUAUUCUGGCUUCCAGUGGCACGGAUCGCAGACUUAAUGUUUGGGAUUUGAGUAAAAUUGGUGAAGAGCAGUCAGCAGAAGAUGCUGAGGAUGGGCCUCCUGAGCUACUGUUUAUCCAUGGAGGUCACACAGCAAAAAUAUCAGAUUUCAGUUGGAACCCUAAUGAACCAUGGGUUAUUUGUUCUGUAUCUGAAGAUAACAUAAUGCAGAUUUGGCAGAUGGCUGAAAAUAUAUAUAAUGAUGAAGAACCUGAUGUACAGCCCUCUGAACUAGAAGCACAAGGAUCAUAAUUUUGUUUUUGGUUUUAAAGAAAUACCAAAUUGUGAAAUGGUUAUUUCUCUAAGUUAUGUUUGGUUAAAAUGACUAAAACAUGUCUUCACAAUAUUUUUCAUGUAUAUUGUGUCCAUAUUUGUGUCUUAUGAAUUGGCUGGUGGAAUAAAAUAUAUAUAAACUUU